AUGAGCAACCCGCCGUCUUCGCCUUUCCGCCACGGCACCACUGUCGAGCAAGAACUCGCCUACUACAAGGCACAAUACGAACAACUGGAAGUCGAGUUACAGGAGUUUCAACAAUCUAGCAGAGAGCUUGAGGCCGAGCUCGAGAAGGAUGUUGAGGCUUCAGAGAAGAGAGAGAGGAAGUUGAAAGAACGGGUCGAGAGUCUAGGCUUCGAGGUCGAAGAAUGGAAGACCAAGUACAAACAAUCAAAGGCCGAGGCGAACUCGGCGCAAACCCAACUACAGAAAGAAAUCACCACCAUGCGCGAGACCAACCGGACGCUACAACUGAAACUCAGGGACAUUGAAGUGGACAACGACGACUACGAGCGCCAGGCGCGCAACACAACAUCAUCACUGGAAGAGCUUGAAUCAAAGUACAAUGUCGCAAUCGAACGAGGUGUCAUCAUGGAGGAGGAGAUGCGCGCUGGCGAACAAGAACGAGAAGACUUGCGCAUUCAGACACAACGACUUAGGGACGAGCUGUCCGACCUUCGCAUUGAGGCCGACAUCACUCGCGAGAAACUGCGUCUCUCCGAGUCGGGCUCUCGUCGCUACCGCGACCUCACCCCUGUACGACGCCCGUCUGCACUGCACGCCCGAUCGCCCACUUCAUCACGCACUGCUGCCUCGUCGCCCACCGUUUCUACUCCGCCACCUGUCAGGUCAGAGGUAUCCACACUCUCAGACACUCCCACGCCACCAUCUCCGCCCUUGUCAGACGCAUCUGGAAACCCAAUGUCCAAGAUGCUCCCUCCACCGAAGAAGAACCCACUCGUGUCGGAUUCGACUCUGACACCUCGCGCCACUCUCGGCGUCAAUACACUCAGACCUGCACGCCACUCAAGAGGUCCAUCCUUCGCGACUGCCACAACUCCUUCCGGGAAAAGACGCACUACUCUACAAUCACGACCUAGUGUUGGAUCUGAAGGCGUGCCAAGAUCAAGUUCGUUGUAUCAGAUUAAGGGCUUGAUUGGCAGAAUGCAAAAAAUAGAAGAAAGGGUACACUCCGUGCGCUCAAAACUGCCACCUUCAAAUGCGAAUACUCCGAGAGCAGCAACCACACCAAAAGGAUCACCACGCAUUGGUGCGCUUGCAGGCGGCUCGUUCAUGCCAAACAGCGUUACUGUUAGAAACAGGAACAAUCGCACGAGCAACAGCACAAGCUCAUCUACAAGGCAAGAAGACAACGGCCUGCCACCGCCUACGCCGAGGUCCACAAGCACAAGUAUACACGUUAAGCACCUGUCUUUCGGUGGUCAGCGACCACAUCCUCUAGAACGGUCAAGCACAUCGACAUCUACAGUAACCAGAGAAACUAGCCGCCCGGCUAGCCGAGCCAACAACGUAGGAGAGACAGGUUCGUUUGCUCGGCCACCUUCACGCUCAGGCACUACACCAUAUGGACACUCACAGACAACGACCCUCCCUUCACGACCUCGCACUUCGAUGGGAGGAACAUUCGCAUCAUCCCAGCGCACUCGCGCGCAUCGUCAAUCCAACAGCAUGUCUGAAGCGAGAGAACCCGAAGAAGUAGUUACACCAUCGAUUAAAAGGACAGUAACAACAAUUGGCGGGAGCGGCAUCCCGACACCAGGUCUGAAACGGCAAAGUGGAGGAGGCUUCGGCAACAGCGUUUCUGGGCGCCGGUCAAGCCUCGCACCAAGUCAUCAAUCGCAACAGUCCUAUGAUGGUGCGUCAGACAAAUCGUCUCGCAAGCUGAGUGACCUGGGAGAGACAUUCUAG